UUAAAAUUCAUAUACGGCCUACUUCAACGUUUACAGUGCAAUAACAGAGAAGGUGAUCGCCUAGGAUUGCCAAAUUAUUUUCUAGAUUACUCCUUUCUACUUCAGUUAGUGUGUAAAUAUGUCGAGUAGAUCAAAUGUAGAGAAUCUGUCCCCACAAGUAAUUCGGCAGGUGUCCAAAGAAUUAAGUGACCUAGCAACCAAACCCCCUGAAGGAAUAAAAGUUUUUCUAAAUGAAGAGGAUAUCACAGACAUCAAAGCCAUCAUCGAAGGACCAGCUGGAACUCCGUAUGCUGGUGGUGUGUUCCGCAUGAAGCUGGUGUUGGGCAAGAACUUCCCCUCAGAGCCACCUAAAGCCUAUUUCCUCACCAAAAUUUUCCAUCCAAAUGUUGCAACAAAUGGAGAGAUUUGUGUGAACACACUAAAGAAAGACUGGAAGGCAGAGCUGGGACUCAAGCAUGUUUUACUGACAAUAAAGUGUUUGCUGAUUGUGCCAAAUCCCGAGUCUGCUCUGAAUGAAGAGGCAGGCAAGCUGCUGCUUGAACAGUAUGAAGACUACUCUCAUCGGGCAAAGAUGUUCACAGAAAUACAUGCAAAACCUCCAAAACUCAUGACAGCUGAUGCAUAUAAUCCCAAGGAAGAUAAACUUACUGAUGGUCCAAUGGCAAAGAAGCAUGCUGGCGACAAGAAGCUCUUAGACAAGAAGAAAAAGGAAAAGAAAAAAGUGCUGAAGCGCUUGUGAUGUGCUUAACAGACAUAUUGUGGACCGAGUCCGCUAUCUCAGUACUGCAUCAAUGCCAGCCAUCCUUUUCAUGUGAUGGAGCCGACAGCAACCAUGUGGGUGCAUGUCUCGGGUGGGGCAGUUUGCCCUGUGUGAAUGUCUGGGGCCUCAAGACGGACAACGUUGUGCCCUGGCUCGAUCUGUCUGUUUGGUCAUAUUUUAGUUUGCCUGCUGACCAGGAAGUCAUGUGGGGAUUUCUCUUAUCUUGACUUUUCAUGUCUUGCAAAUGAAACCUAUUUCAGCUGUAUUUGAGCAUACACUGUAUAUGUGCAUGGAUUACACGUGUGAAAUACUGGUAAAAACAUUACAUCCAGUGAUAUAUUCAUUGUGUGAUCAAAUACAGUUGUGUCCACUGUGUAGAAGUCUGUUCUUUUAUCAUUCGAGAGACAGCAUGUUCUUACCCAAUCACCUGCUUAGAACAGUGCUCUCAAUUUUAUAUACCUCUACAUUACUAUCAUAACAUACCUUGUCUCAAUCAAGAAUGUCAUCACACAUUUAUUCAUUCAUGAUCAAACUUCCAUUUUUCAAGUUAAGAAUUCCAAAUUGUAUCAUGCAUCUAAUAAACUAUGAUCCAAGGCUGUAUGGGGUGCACAGGUGGUCUAAUAGUGCUGUUAAAUAUUUCUGUACAUUCAUUACAAUCACUUCAUUGCAAUUUCAGUUUCAUCCAUGAAAAAUAUUUAUGAAUCCAGUGUCAUUUUCAUAAAUCAGUUCAAAAGCUUACCAGCCAGUAUGUCAUUUUCAGUGAGUGCAUUGUUCUUAACAAGUGAUGGAGUUGGAGAUUGUUUAGUGGUUACCUCAAGAAAAAGAACUAAUUUCUGUUGUCUCUGAAUGAACUUAUUCUAUUAUGUUCUGUUACAUUUGUAUUAUUUAUUACUCAGUGAUCCUGUUUAGGAUUGCAAUUUUACAUUUGCAGAUUAAUGUAUGUUGGUCUUCAAGACUUGUACAUAUGUACACUCAUCUGUGAAUAGUUUUCUUUUAAUUUAUGACCGAGUCUUAUGGCCCUGAGUGCAUGCAUGUGUGUAAAUGUCAUUGUCAUUUUUCAUAGAUCAUCAAGAUAAUAAAUUUGUACAUACACUUAA